UCAGUUGUAAAGAAUUCUGUGAGCCGUGGGAAGGAAACCUCCUCGAUGCCCCUCCCUCGUCUCUCUAGGCUCCUUUAUGUCGCCUGAGGGACAGUAGGGGGGAAUGGACGGGAUUGGGUAACGCUCUUGGUACUGCCAUUCUCCAGGGAGCCGCUGGGGGGCGCUAGCGCGGUACCCUCUUGGCUCCCCGAACGGCUUGGGGCGGGGCCUGCGCCCGCCACGUCAGCGACCGCGGCGGUGAGGCGCCUCGGCCGGGUUCCAACGGGAAAGUGAUGACGGCGGCGGCGAAGGCGGCGGGUCUGGGGUCCGAAGUCGGCGUGAGGAUCGCGCUCUUCGCCGCUUUUGUAGUGACGGAGCUUCUCCCGCCCUUCCAGAGGCUUAUCCAGCCCGAGGAGAUGUGGCUCUACCGCAACCCCUACGUGGAGAACGAUCACUUCCCCACCAAGCCAAUGUUUCUGAUCGUGUCGCUGUGCCCGCUCUCCCUGAUCCUUCUGGCCAAAUGUCUGAAGAAGGCCGACGCGGCGGACACGAGGCAGGCGUGCCUGGCCGCCAGCCUGGCCCUCGCCUUGAACGGAGUCUUCACCAACACCGUGAAGCUGAUCGUGGGGAGGCCGCGCCCUGACUUCUUCUAUCGCUGCUUCCCCGACGGGCGAGCCAAUUCCGAACUGCUCUGCACGGGGGAUGAGGAGGUGGUGACCGAGGGCCGGAAGAGCUUCCCCAGCGGGCAUUCCUCCUUUGCAUUUGCUGGGCUGGCCUUCACCUCCUUCUACUUAGCAGGGAAGUUACACUGCUUCACUCCACAAGGCCGGGGAAAAGCCUGGCGGCUCUGUGCCUUCCUGUCACCUCUCCUCUUUGCAGCUGUCAUUGCUCUUUCCCGAACCUGUGAUUACAAACACCAUUGGCAAGAUGUGCUGGUUGGAUCCAUGAUUGGCCUGAGUUUUGCGUACCUCUGCUACAGGCAGUAUUAUCCUUCCCUGACAGAUGCUGAAUGCCAUAAGCCAUUCCACUGCAAACGUAAACUUCCUGCUGCACAGGAGAAACUUAUUGGUCCCCAUUAUAGACUUGAUGUUUAGAAACAACCUACCUCACAAAAGAGAACAAUAAGAGUAUCCCCUCCUGUCCUUGACUUAUUCUACUCAGAAGACAUGGGUUUUCAGGCCCUUUUUUUAAACCUCUGAAAUGCUACAAGUGAAGACAUGGGUAAAAUUGAAUCCUUUUAUCUUCCUGCCUGGAUAUAUCUGUAACAGUUCCUUUCUAUUAAUAAAAUCUAUUGUUGGUGAA